AUUAUUUUUAAGUAAUCUCUAAACCCAACGUGGGGCUUGAGCUCAUAGUCUCUAUUUAGAUCAAGAGUCUAACGCUACACUGAGCCAGCCAGGCGCCCCCGUUUUCUCUCCUUUUGAAUUUCUGACUCACAGUCUGCUAUGGAGCCUUCCUCGUCGCCCCUUACAGGCGUAAUGUAUCAGUAUUUACACAGACUCCUGGGGUCUGUCGCUAAGGAUCCCAUACUCCCCUUUGAAUCCCUCCGGCAGCUGACUCCCUCCACUCUUCCCGACCACAGCCAGUUUAGAGCCGCACGGGUUUUCCCCUCCCCUGGGACUACCACACGGCCCAGCUGCUCCCGGAUUCUGGCCUAGGGGGCGUGAAGCGAUCCCAGCCUACGCAAGAGGCCCAGUUCUGGGCGGAGGGGCCCGCUCUGCGCCUGGACAGCCACGGCAAGGUGGCAAGUCGUGGGGAGAGGAGCUCUGGCCAGGCGGGCGAGGCUGGCUCUAGUCGCGACAUUUCACGCGGUCCACCGCGCCUCUGGGUGACAUCUAGCCCCACAUUUCCUGGGACCUUCUCCUCCCUGAGGCCACCACCUGCCCCAGUUCGUGCUUUGGUUAAAAUCGCUGGUGCCCAGGCUGUAGCCAUGGGAUAAUGGGAAUACCUCUCUGUAUGAAGGAAGUUUGUCUGCAGCAAUAGGAGUAUUCAAGAAGAUGGAGGGAUUAGUGAUGUUCAGUGUUGUGGCAAUAGACUUUUCUCAGGAGGAGUGGGAAUGCCUGGACGCUGCUCAGGGGGAUUUAUACAGAGAUGUAGUGAUGGAGAAUAUAGUAGUCUUACUAGGACUCUCUAUUCCUAAGCCUGAUAGGAUUUUCUUACUGAAACAAGGGAAGGAGCCCUGGAUAGUUUCGAGGAACAGGAUAGGAGGAUGGUGCCCAGUAUUAUACAACCUGAUCAUAGCACAAGCAGAAGAAAACUGAAGUCUUACUGGAUUGAGGUGUCAGAAGUUGCAGCUCACAAAGCAGCAGGAAGUAUAAGGAGUGGAACACUGGAAGAAACAGGCCUACUGAAAGUAAGUCCCAAAAUCUAAGUAUAAACUCUCACCAAUUCCUUAACUGAGAGCUAAUAUAUAUGAACACAAGGAGAACCUAUCUCCCCUCACCUAAGGGGGCCAGGGUCAAAAGCAGCAGCUAGAAGCUUAAAGAACUGAGCUGACAUAUCAGCUGCUUCAUACUUGGGGUUGGUGCAGAGUUUAAAGUUCAAUUUCAAGCAAGUUAGUUGCUUGCCAGGACAAAAAAACCAAUAAUCCUCAGAAAAAAGACAUAACAGUAUCAGAUUACUAUAUUAUUCAUGAUAUCCAGAUUUCUAGUAAAAAUUACUAAAUAUGCAAACAAAACAAGGGAGAAUAUGACUCAUAUUCAGAAAAAGCCAGUCACAGAAAUUAAUCCCUAGUGGGUCCCAAUGUUGAAUUUUGCCCAAAAAAAAACCACCAAAAAAAGCUUCAAAGCAGCUGCUCUUAAUGUCUUCAAAGAACUAAUGGAAAACCUGGGCAUAGAAAUAGAUACAACUAAAAAGUCAAUAGAGGAGGGGUGCCUGGGUGGCUCAGUU